AGCCCAAUCAUUAAAGCAAUUGAUACCCAGAUUCUAGAUAAAACUAGGGAGAAAUAAAAAAGGUGUUCGAGAGAAAGCCUCUCUCAAGUCUCAACUCCCAAGUCAAGGACUCAAGCAGAUAUUCAUGGAUCGUUGGACUGGUAUCUUAAAGGUUCCUGUUUGCCCAAAGGGUACUGCAAUUUGUACAAUAGCAGCAUCUCUCUGUGUUUCACCUUCAAAAUCACUUCUUGUGCCUACAGCGAAUGUUAUCUUCUUUAAUGGAGAUCGAGUUGAAGGGACUAACAACCCAGUUAUUGAGAGGCUAUCUGAUAUACAAAAUAUAGCUGACAUUCUUGUGUCAAAACUUGGAGCUUCUAUUAAUGCAUGGGUUAUUGAGGCCCCUACAUUCAAUGGACCCUUUGCUAUAUACAAGGAAUUUAUUCAAUCUCUUAACCAACGGGGGGAGCCUCAAUCCUAUAGGCCUGAUGGAUUUCCAGCCUCCAUGUCUGUUAUUGCACUUUUGUCAAAUUUCCUAGAAGAGAGGGCCAAGGACAUCAGUUGCAAAGAACCCCAGCUCUUUGCAGAACAUGCAUCCUCAUGUCUUCCUAGAACCUUUGUUUUUGGUUUUAGCAAGGGCGGCGUAGUACUUAAUCAACUGAUUACGGAGCUUGGAUUUUCAGACAUAAAAGAUAUGAAGGACCCACAGCAGCUUACUAGCUUCAACAAAUUUGCAGGAAAACAGAUUGUACCAGUUUCUAGAGAGAGCUUAUUUGACAGCAUAACUGAAAUCCAUUAUGUUGAUGUUGGACUAAAUUCUUCUGGUGCUUAUCUCACUGAUGAUAACGUCAUUCAAAGAGUAGCGGAAAGGCUUACCGAGAGGGAUAAAACCAUGCGUUUUGUGCUUCACGGGACUCCGAGACAGUGGAGUGAUGUAAGGCGGCCUUGGAUACGGGAAGAAAAGGAUAAAUUUUGUCAAAUACUCAAAUCCGAAGGGCUUAAGAGCAAGGGAAAGCUAGAAGUUUACGAGAAAAACUAUUUUGCUGAAUCAUUUCCUAACUUGCAGAUGCAUUUUGAAAUAAUUGAAAAACUAAUUGUAAGUUGGUAAAAUGGAUAUUAUGUACGAAGUAUAUAUGCUGCAUUCAUGACUUCAUGUCAUGCUUUUGAAAGUUAUAUAUUACUACGUAUAAUUGUAUA